GGCGGCCGCUCCCGGACGUUAAUGGGAGAACACUGCGGUCGGUCCCUUGCGCUCCGCCGGUCCACACACACUUCUUAACAGGGGAGGAGGGGGGGAGACUUGUGCGUGCACCGGGUGAAACAUGAGCCCGGGUGUGAGUACUGGUUGUAUCGGCAUGCGAAGUGACUUUUAGUUUUUUUAUUCGGGGGCCGUGUUGCGGCUGCUCACGCGCCUGGUAUCGAGCCCAGAUACAGAACUUUUCCGAGCCCCAAAGUUGUCAGGCAGCGCAUCUUGCACGCAUGCGCACAUCCGUCCUCUGCUGCUCUAAAUAAGAGUUAAAACAGAAACGAGAUCAGGGGUUAUUAGAGGAGUGGGAAUGACCGACACUCCACCCAGCGAUGGCCCCUCCCAGGGUGCGGAGUUCGACAUGAUGGGUGCUCUGGACUGGAAGGACGGUAUCGCCACUCUCCCAGGAAGUGACAUCAGGUUCCGCAUGACGGAGUUUGGGACUCUUGAGAUUGUCACAGACCCAGAGGUCAAAGGGCAAGAGGCAGAGCCUAAACGGGGAACCUUGGACCCAGCUCCGACUCACACUCCCACCCCUCCUCCAGAGGGCCAAUCACAGACCAGCAAAGCCAAAGUUCCAGCCAAUCAGAGUCAGCCAGGAUCGUCUCAAGCUAAAGCUACUGGUCCUGUGCUUCUGUCCCUAGCGGAGGGCCCCAGUGUGGAGGAUGGUCCCAGUGUUGAAGUUGGCUCCAGUGCUAACAUGGGCCCAAAUGGGGAGCUGUUAAGGUGCCGGGCCUGUGGUGGUCGUGUUUCUCGGGAUGCCCUCUUUCAGGGAAGGUUCUGUAGCUCCAUUUGUGCACAGCCUUCCAGCGGCAGAUCAUCUCCAGGGGAAGCACGGGAGAGUCAGACAGUUGAAGGUGAGAGGCUCGGUAAACGUGUGCGCAAAAAGAGGAAGAUCUACAUGGACUCCGGUGACGAAGAGGAAGACAACCAAGAGGAACCAGAGGAAAAAGCCAAGACUACCAAAGGCAGGAGAGGCUCAAAAAUUGCAAAACUGGGGACUGCCCCUCCCAAUAAGAAGCGGGCCUGGAGCUGGCCUGCUUACAUUGAAGAGGAGAAGGCCGUCGCUGCUCCUGUUAAACUAUUCAAAGAGCAUCAGUCGUUUCCUCAAAGCAGGAACAGUUUUAAGGUGGGGAUGAAGCUUGAGGGACUGGACCCGUCACACCCAUCUCUGUUCUGUGUGCUCACUGUUGCAGAGAUCCAAGGAUACAGGGUAAGGCUUCACUUUGAUGGCUACCCAGAAUGCUAUGACUUCUGGGCCAACGCUGACUCGUGGGAUAUGAAACCAGCGGGCUGGUGUGAGAAGAACGGACACAAGUUGUUGUUGCCGAAAGGUUGUAAGGAUGGAGAGUUUAAUUGGAGCAUGUAUGUGAAGAACUGCAGAGGGCAACUGGCACCGAAACACCUUUUCAAGAGCCUCAACACAUCUGUGACUCCGUCUGGAUUCAGAGCCGGGAUGAAGCUGGAGGCGAUUGACAGGAAGAAUCCCUCGUUGAUCUGUGUAGCAACCAUCGCUGCUGUUGUCGACAACCGCCUGCUCAUUCAUUUUGACAACUGGGAUGACACCUAUGAUUACUGGUGCGAUGCGAGCAGUCCGUACAUCCAUCCUGUUGGGUACUGUGAAGAGGCCCAGCUAACUCUGACCACCCCAGCUGGUAAGACACAGACCAAGACACAUGUGGAAUAUAAACAACCUAAGAGUUUUUCAUGGGAGAAGUACCUGGAAGAGACGGGAACACAGGCGGCUCCUGCUCGGGCUUUCAAACCGCGACCUCCUCAUGGCUUCCAGUUCGGGAUGAAAGUGGAAGCUGUCGAUAAGAGGAAUCCAAUGCUCAUCCGUGUUACAACUAUAGCAGACACAGAGGACCAUCGACUGAAGAUUCAUUUUGAUGGCUGGAGUUCAGAGUACGACUACUGGGUGGAGACGGACUGCCCCGAUCUGCACCCUGUAGGGUGGUGUCAGAAAACUGGACACCCACUACAGUACCCUAAUGGCUCCAAUGAUAAUAUAGUGACUGCCCCAGGACAAGGAUGUCCUACCCCAGGAUGCAACGGGGUUGGCCACAUCAGAGGACCUCGCUAUGGGACCCACUACACCCAGGUGAGCUGUCCCUAUUCUGAGAUGAAUAUGAACAAGGAGGGCUUGCUGCCAGACCGUCUCAGCGGAGAGCGACCCCUCGCCCUCAGUGGACCUCAUCCUCGCGGGCGACGCCCCGAUCCUCACCCCAACACUACGACGCAGACCUCCUGUACGCCUGAGCCGCCCGAAGGAGCUGAGGACUCCCAGAACAGGAAACCCGGGACAGUGGAAGCUGAGCGUGUAGGGCGCAGCAACCAGUCUGAGCCACCAGGUGGAGCCAGCGAUCAGAGCCACAAUGGAACAAGACCUAAACGAACUGCCCCAAUUCCUAAAUACCUGAAAAUGCACUAUGUUAAAGAGGAGGUCAGCGACAGUAAAGCCUCUCCAGAUGCCAUCUCUCUCCAGCAGGCCCUCCACGAGUCUGUGUUCUCCCCCGGCAUCUCUGCCUCCCCCCCUCACCGGGUGGCUCUCUGCUGGGACAAACACUGCCAGCUGCUGCCCGAGGUCCUGGGGCUGACUGCCAAGAGAGUGGCCACUUGGAGCGCCGAGGAGGUGGCCAGUUUUGUCAAAGGACUCCCUGGAUGUAAAGAACAUGCUGCUACCUUUAAAACAGAGCAAAUAGAUGGUGAGGCGUUCCUGCUACUCACCCAAGCGGACAUCGUCAAGAUCCUGUCAAUCAAGUUAGGACCCGCCCUGAAGAUCUACAACUCCAUCCUCAUGUUGAAGAACGCUGACGAAGAGUGAGACCGGGCUCUAUGAGGAUUCGCUUCCUCAUUUCCAGGUUCCUCAGCUCCAGUCUCCUCAACAAACACUCGGCUGAAGAGAUUUGAGAUUGAUUUCACGAUUGCUGCAUUGAUGCAGCUACAGAAACGAAAAAGAAAAGAAAGCCAUCAUCUUGAAAAACGUCCAUCUAACCCCCCCCCCACCCCUGCCCAUCUCCUCUCUCUGCGAGGGGCACUGGUCGACCCUGAGGGAAGAUACCAUGAGGAGUCCACUUAUAUUGUGUUUGUUUACCUACCAAAUCAUAUAAAAAAAAAAAAAAACUACAGCACCUUUAAGGCUUCUUAAUAUUGUACAGUUUAAUGACUUGGAUUUAGUGUCUCGAUUCUGUUGCAUUUCUUGUUUUAUUUGAAUGGUAUUGAAAUGGUGCUUGAGCUCGGAGCAGAUUGAACAAGCGUGUUUGUGGUCUGUUGCUUUUUACAUGGCAACGGAAAUGCGUGUUUUUUUUUUUUUUUAAAGCUGCAAAAUACAAUCGUGGGGUGCCGAGGUUUUUAAAUGUGAAACCCAGUGGAGCAGAAGCACUAUGUAGUUCAGCCUUUCUCCUCUAGAUGGAGAAAGUGAGCCACGCCACAGGCCCAGAGGCAAGAGAGUUGGGUUAAUUUGGAGUUGGCUGAAGCUAAGGUUGAAUGGGAGGGGGGGGGUUUGUGUGUGUGUGUGUGUGUGUGUGUGUGUGUGUGUGUGUGUGUGUGUGUGUGUGUGUGUGUGUGUGUGUGUGUGUGUGUGUGUGUGUGUGUGUGUGUGUGUGUGUGUGUGUGUGUGUGUGUGUGUGGCUUCUCUGUUGUGACGAGCAGGGCUAAGGGCUAAUUGUUAAUUCAAGGAGACUUGCAGUCUGUUGAGGUGGAGUGAAACAAUGAACCAGCUUGUGUUUGUUUGUCUGUUUUAUUUUUGGGAAUGGCACAUGAAACUGAAUGUUUAGAAAAAACACACAUCUAUUAGUUGUUUUGUUGAUAAUGAUCAUCUUGUUUGGUUCAAAUAACCUCUUGUCAUUCACGUUGUAAAAAGUAUAUAGCUACAAAAGAGACCGUCUUUGCUUCGUACAAGAGUUUACUCCUGCUUGGUUAUGCAAAACCUUGACAUCUGUCUCCAGGGAAGGACAUUGUGACAGUGGACUGAAGAGACAAGCCUCGAUUCCUACAUAGAUUUUGGGAAGACAAAAAAAGGAAACAUUGCCGGGGUCUUUGUAAAUGAGCGUGCACUUCAGCCAGUUGGAAUGUGUACAUCAGCAACUGUUUAUAUGCAAACAGCUUUUAUUUAUGUAUUCUAAUUUAAGGGGUAAUGGUACGCUGGCUGCUCUGGAGGUAGAUGUGGCUCUUCGACGGAAUGUGUGAAUGGAUGAAAAUAAAUGAGAUGCACACUG